GAACAUUGACUCACUGUGAGGCAGAAAGAGACAGGUACAGUGUGUGAGAGGGACAGUGUGAGAAAGGAAUAAUAUUCCGAGCGCAGUCUGAUUGUGAGACAGAGAGAGGGGAAGGGAAGGAAAGAGGGAGAGUGGGGGGGUGGAGAUUCUGGACUGUCUGUGAGCUCUUGGCAUAGCGUGGAUCAGCAUGACGCUGUGGACCUGCUUUCUUCACUUCUUUCUGCUCAGGUCCUUUGUUCUCACCAGCACUGAGAGGAGGGUGUUUCAGUCCCAGCCGGAGGCCAGCGCUGUCUUACAGCGGUCCAGGAGAGCCAAUAUUUUCUUUAUCGAAGAGAUACUUCAGGGAAACCUGGAGCGGGAGUGUUAUGAGGAGAGAUGUGAUUACGAGGAGGCCAGGGAAUACUUCGAGGACAUCCCAAAAACUGAUGUCUUUUGGGCAGUAUAUUAUGAUGGUGAUCAGUGCAAGCCCAACCCGUGUCUCAACGGUGCCAGGUGCACUGACAGCAUCGGAGGCUACAACUGCGAAUGCAAAGAGCUGUACAACGGGGUGAACUGCGAGAAGGGUACAGAAGAGCCUCAGGGGUCAGGGGUUAGGCAGAGGGAGAGAGAUGUGGCCGAGUGCCAUCCUGAAGGUCCCUUGUCAUGUGACCACUUCUGCAGGCCCACCUUCACCUCGUACCACUGCCAUUGUGCAGAUGGAUACAAAAUUCAGCCUGACGGGAAGACCUGUCAACCUGAGGUCCAGUACCCCUGUGGGAGAACACCUGUACACGAGUCCUCUGAGCGGAACCAGACCAUCAUGAGGUCCAGUUCUGGUAGUCAUCACUGUCUACAUGGCAGGUGUCCCUGGCAGGUCAGCUUGCUGGAUUCCAGGGGACACGAAUUCUGCAGCGGUGUGAUCCUAGGGGAACGUUCCGUCCUGACUGCUGCAGCUUGCGUCUCCAAGGCCAAAAGCUUCACUGUAGAGCUUGCUGGACAGACCACAGACUUGGGGAGCCUAGGCGAGUGGUCACAGGGAGGGAGGCGUCCAGGACAGAGACCACACAUCAUUGAAGGCCCAGGACAGAUCUUGUCAGUAUCACACACAUCCAUUCACAAGAGGUACCAGGCAGAUCAGCCAGAGCACGACUUGGCUUUCCUGCAACUACAGAAGAGCAUCAGGUUCAGCCCCACAGCGUUCCAGAUCUGCCUCCCAGAGAAGGACUUCAGUGAGAAUGUGCUGAUGAGGGUAGGGCGAGAGGGCUUGUUAGCAGGGUGGGAGCCUGCCGAGACAAAGAGCAGCCCAGACAUUCUCUCCUACAUGCCUCUGGAAGAGUGCCAGACCAGCUACAACCUCAGUAUUCACCUCACCAAUAAGAUGUUCUGCAUGCUAGGGAGGGACAGCAGGUGGUCGAAGGAGAGGGCAGGCUGUGGUGCCCUGCCUGGAUCCCCUGUGGUAACUGUGGAAAAGGACACAGUCUUCCUCACAGGACUGCUCAUCUCACCUGAAAUGCAAAACUGCACCCAGGUCCACGCCUUCACCAAGCUCUCCCGCUACCUGCCGUGGCUUAAGCAACACCUGGCCCACCCUGAGGAGUGACUGCUAGACCCAAGGCUACUUCACAGACAACUACAGAGAUAUAUACCCACACCUUUCAAGGCUGCUGACGCUAGUGGCUACUGUGCUGUUUUUAAAAUAAUAAUUUAUAAAAUAUAACAACAACAAAUGGAACGCUGACUAUGUGGACAGACAAUCCUUGGACUGCCCCCUGACCCAUCUCUUCCAACAGGUCAAAUAAAUACUCAU